AUGAUAUCUGACAAUGCUUCUACGUAUAAAUCUGCAGCGACAGAGAUUUCUCAAAUAUUCAAAUCAGAAACAGUGCACGGAAAACUUAGUGAGUUAGGAACAGUGUGGAAGUUUAUACCCAGCAGGGCUCCUUGGUACGGAGGAUGGUGGGAGCGACUUAUUGGACUUACAAAAACCUCCCUCAAGAAAACAUUAGGACGUGCCUGUAUCGACUUAGAUAUGCUACACACCGUUGUUACAGAAAUCGAGUGCACACUGAAUGACCGACCGUUAACAUACAUUUCUACUGAUGAAAAGGACCCAGAACCACUAACGCCGUCUCAUCUUAUGUAUGGCAGAAGAUUAAAGACACUUCCGUAUCCUUCAAAUGACAACAGCGAAUUCAAAGACACUAGAAAAACACUUACUUGCGCUCAUGCGCUAAAACGUAACAAACAACAGCAAGAAUUACUACAACACUUUCGGACGAGAUGGAAGAAGGAGUACCUUACAUCACUACGAUAA